AUGGCGACGGUCCAAGCGAUCCUUGCGCCGUACCUGACGCGACCUGCCGACGGUGCGCCAGCGUCGCACCCGAUGAUCCUCGUCUUCUCCGCGUCGUGGUCGAAGCCGCACAACGAGCGUGUGCUCAAAGGCCUCCACGACCUCGUGACCAAGCAUGCGAUCGCGUCCGUCUUGUUUGUGUCGGCCGAGCUCGACCAAGUGCGCUUCACAGAACACGUCGAGUGGCUGGCGUCGUGGGCGCAAGUGUUGCCGUAUCAUUGCCAAGACGAGCGUGUGACCUUGUACCGCCACUUUGAGAUCGACAGCGUGCCGCAGAUCCGCGUGCUGGAUGGCGCAACGCUGCAGCCGCUCACGCCCGAGACGCUCCCGCAUUGCUCGUCCGAUGGCCGCGCGCUGCUCCAAGAGCUCUUGACGCCGCGGUUGGCGCUGCCGCCUGCGGACUCGCGCCUCCUUCAAGAGAUGCGCCGGAACGCCAACAUCAUGUACGACGAAGGGGACUUCCACGGCGCUGCGUGCAUAUUCUCGGACGUCCUCGCGCUCGACCCGCGUUGCAUCAAGAGCAACUUCAACCUCGCCGUCAUUUUGCAUACGAUGGGUCAAACGCGGCUCGCCAUUCCUUAUAUGCUGCGCGUGAUCGAGGUUGACCCGAGCGACGCCACCGCCCACUCGGUGCUGCGCUCUGUGUUUUUUACGCAAGAGCCCGACCUCGUAAAGGCCGGGUACGCUGCGAUCGUCGCCCUGCACCCGACGCACCUUCGCGCGGCCCACGCACUCGCUGCGCUCCAGGGCGACGCGACGAGCAGCGAGAAGGCGUACGUCCGUCAAGUCUUUGACGACUUGGCCGACACGUUUGAAGAAAAGCUCGUGCAGCACUUGCACUACAAGACCACGUAG